CAAAACGUCAAUUAUAUAUAGACUUACACACAUUUUCAUAAAUUUGGUGGUCACUUUUUCCGCACGUACAAGCAGCCUAGAAACUUUGUUACAACAUGGCGGAGAGAACUCGCCGUUCGAAUGAUGUUGUCGUCACAAUCCUCAUGGCCAUCGUGAUCCUCGCAUCUUCGAUCAUAAUCAACGCCGCAGAUUCUUCAACCGACGAUUCCAUUAAGUGCACACCUUGUCUCCAAAAACUGUCCCCUCCGCUACCACCCCCGUCACCACCACCACAGACAAAAGUAGUUAUCGACUGCCCACCAUCGCCUCUGCUUCCACCGCCUCCGCCUACUUACAGAUACACAUAUCCGCCGGGAGACUUGUACCCCAUUGACCGUGACUUUGGAUCGGGGGCUGCAGGAAAAAGCUUCAAGGUGGUGAAGCUGGUCUUUUUUGGAGCUAUGGUUUUUAUGAUUCUUUGAUCAGAAAUUAUUCAUUUUGUGGUUUUUGAAAUUUCAUAGGGUUUCCGCAUAAAGAUUUUUUUUUUAUAACUUUGAACGGAUUUUGCCAUUUUGGUAUGUUCUAGCUACAUAUAUAUAAUAUAUCUCUUUAGUUAUUAGAUUGUCAGAUUUGUGUGCUACACAAAAAUUCUAGUUACG